AUGGCUGACGCUCCUCCUUCACUUCCGGGCCCUAUGCCCUCGUCCUUUGAUGGUGAAGGGGAAAUUCAGAAUGAACGUCCUAUGCAAAAGGUUGUUCGCAAGAUCAAGGAAGAGCCUCUGAUCCCUCUCGGAAUCGGUUUAACUACUGCUGCCUUCAUCAACGCCUACCUCGCCCUUCGCCGCGGCGACUCAAAGCAGGCAAACCGCAUGUUCCGAGCCCGUGUCGCAGCCCAGGGAUUCACCGUUUUCGCCAUGCUUGCCGGCAGCAUGUACUACCAGAAGGACCGAGAGAAGAGCAAGGAGCUUCGCCAGCUCCAGGAGCAGAAGGAUGCCGAAGAGAAGAGGCAGAAGUGGAUCAGAGAGCUUGAGGCUCGUGACGAAGAGGAGAAGGCCAUGCGCGCAAAACUCGAGAAGAAGAGACAACAAGUUCAGGCACAGCGGGCCGAGGAAGCUAAAGCAACUACUGCGCCUACCGAGGGCUCCGAAUCGUCCAGCAGUGGAGGCAUCUUGAGUCGAGUUGGUUUAUGGUCCAAGGGAGGCAAGGACGAGAAGAGCAAUGUCGAAAAGGUUGUUGAGGAGAUUGUGGAUGAGGAAAACGCCAAGCAGAAGAAGAAGAACCCCAAGAGCUCUCUCGGCGACCUCGGCGAAAUCAUCUCCAAGAGAAAGGAUUAA